AAGAAGGCCUUGUCAUAGUACGUGAAAAAAAAGAAUUAUGUUGGAGAAUGCAUUACAAUGAAACAUGUCAACUGGUGUGAUGCAUUAGGCAGCGAGUUAAAAUUAAUUUUUUGAAAGUGAUGUGUUAGAAGCAGGAAAAAUGAGAAGGGUCCAGCAACGGACAGCUAGAAAACUAAUAACGAAGUAAAGGUGUGCUAUUUUAUUUUGACAACUGUUCUGUUGCGAUUGGGGUGAUAUUAAUUACAGGUGGGAACUUUUAUUUUGACAGCAAGUUUUAAGCUGGUGAUGUCAUUUGUUUGCACUCAGAUUUUGAUUGGGUCACUAAAGGAGCGCGGGGCGUGGAGUGUGUCUGCACAUAUUUGGAAAAAUGGGCAAGUGUAAGGAUUUGAGCGACUUUGACAAGUGCCAAAUUGUAAUGGCUGGUCGACAGGGACCGAGAUUCUUUGAAACUGUGAGUUUUGUGGCGUGUUUCACGUAUGCAGUGGUUUAGUACCCACCAAAAUUGGUUCAAAGAAGGGAAACCAGUGAAUCGGUGAUUUGGCCAUUGGCGCCCAAAUCUCAUUGAUGCGUGUGGGAAGCGAAGGGUAGCCUGUCUGGUACAAACCUACAGAAGAGCCAGCGUAGCACAAAUGACUUAAAAUCGUAAUGUUGGCCAUGGGGGAAAGGAGUCGGAACUCUCAAAGCAUAGCAUUUUGCUGCGUAGCUAACCGGUCAGAGUGCCCAUGCUGACCCAUGUCUACCAAUGAAAGCGUCAACAACGGGUAGGUGAGCGUCAGAACUGGACCAUGAAGCAUUGGAAGAAGGUGUCCUGGACUAUUGAAUCCCGUUUUCUGAGGGUAUGGCAAGAUGGCGACCAGUGAGGACUUGAAUUAUGAAUAUCAUGUUGAAGGCCAGUUGCAUGUACAUCGUUUACGGGCAUGCCUAGGCUCCUGUCAUGCCGCUAAAACAGCUCUCAGCAUGGACUCCACAAGACUCCUGAAGGUGUCCUGUUGUAUCUGGCACCAAGAUGUUAGCAGCACAUCCUUUAAGUCUUGUAAGUUGCAAGGAAAGCAUGCUUUUGGCACAGAUUAAUCGAGACUCCCAGGGGAUGGCAGAGUAUCAGGGAAGUGGUGCAGAUACCCAACAUGUCACUAUAUGCCUUUCAGAGGCUGUAGCAGUAACAGAUGGUGACCAGCUUGAACAUAUGGAUGCUGUGAGUCUGCAAGCUGUAACACUUGUUGAUGGGUCCACUGCUUACAUACAGCACAAUCCUAAAGUUUCCUUUUCAGAUGGGAAAUUAAUGGAUGGACAAGUAAUUCAGUUGGAAGAUGGGUCUGCGGCAUACGUUCAGCAUUUACCAGUAUCAAAGUCAGGUGGAGACAGUUUGAGGCUUGAAGAUGGGCAAGCUGUUCAGCUUGAAGAUGGCACAACAGCUUUUAUUCACCAUGCACCAAAAGAAACAUAUGACCAGAGUGCUUUACAAGCUGUGCAGUUAGAAGAUGGCACGACUGCAUACAUUCAUCAUACAGUCCAAGUUCCCCAGUCAGAUACUAUAUUAGCUAUACAGGCUGAUGGCACAGUGUCUGAUAUUCAUGCUGAUGGCACAAUAGAUCCUGAAACUAUAAGUGUACUGGAACAGUACACAACAAAGGUACCUGUGGAUGGAAAUGACUGUAUUACAAACACUGGGAUAAUGACCAGAACUGAACAGGAGAGUAACAUGCACAUGCAGAUUGUCCUUCAGGGAGCACCUCCUAACCGCCUACCUGCAAAAUCGCAACAGACAGGGGAAAAAGCUUUUCGCUGUGAUUAUGAUGGUUGUGGAAAACUCUACACAACAGCACAUCAUCUGAAGGUGCAUGAACGAUCUCAUACUGGUGACCGACCAUACCAGUGUGAGCAUAUAGGAUGUGGGAAAGCAUUUGCAACUGGGUACGGCUUAAAAAGUCAUAUCAGGACACAUACAGGUGAGAAGCCAUACCGAUGUCAAGAGAUAAACUGUAACAAAUCAUUUAAGACUUCUGGAGACCUACAAAAACACAUUAGAACUCACACAGGUGAAAGACCUUUCAAAUGUCCCUUUGAAGGAUGUGGCAGAUCAUUCACAACAUCCAAUAUUCGCAAAGUUCACAUCAGAACACACACAGGAGAAAGACCUUAUUACUGCUUAGAGUCAGGCUGUGGACGAGCCUUUGCCAGUGCAACCAACUAUAAAAACCAUAUGAGGAUACAUACAGGGGAAAAGCCAUAUGUGUGUACCGUACCAGGCUGUGAUAAACGUUUUACUGAAUAUUCAAGUUUAUACAAGCAUCAUGUGGUUCACACUCCUUCCAAGCCAUACAGUUGUAACCACUGUGGAAAGACCUACAAACAGAUUUCCACACUAGCUAUGCAUAAAAGGACAGCACAUAAUGAUACAGAACCCAUUGAAGAGGAACAGGAGGCGUACUUUGAGCCACAGACAGAUGAUCCAAUUGAGGAUGUUAUAAAGUCACAAGUUGAAUUUGUGUCUGGAGUUGACGGAGAAGAUACAGAAGCAUCACAAGGUGGAGCAGUAGACCAGUCUGUCAUUAGUCAGCAUGUCUCCCUUAUUAGCCAAGAUGGCAGCGAACAGGUUAGCUUGUCACAAGCAGAUAUACAAACAGUUGGGAACACCAUAACUAUGGUAACACAAGAUGGGACUACAAUCACUGUGCCUACACAUGAAGCAGUCUUGUCUUCUGGGGGAACACAUUCUGUUACAAUGGUCACAGCAGAUGGAACAGAAGGACAGGUUGCAAUUGUCACUCCAGACUUAACUGCUUUCCAGGCAGCGCAAGCUGACCUGACUCAUGAACAGCAUGAACACCACCUAGUAGCUGGCAGUCCACACCCGGUGACUUUGCUAGCAACCUCCAAUGGGACUCAGAUUGCAGUUCAGUUAUCUGAACCUCCAUCCUUAGAAGAAGCCAUAAGAAUAGCCUCCAGGAUACAACAAGGUGAAAAUCCAGGGCUUGAUGACUAAUGGACUUCAGAACUGAAAAACAGUACAGUGUCUCGACAUACUACCCAUUGAAAUAAACAACUGAUUAAAAAAAAAAAAAUCUUUAGCCAACAUUUUAAAAAUAUCUGGAGGUCACUAACUGUGGCAGCUGCAUUACAGCGUGUGAUGUGCAGUGUGUGUUUUGUUUGUGUUCAAAAAAACACACACAGACUUUCAUUUGGACACAUCUAAUUACUUGAAUUUACCCGUUAAGCUAUAAAGGUCAACUGAAAGUAAAAAUAAUGUGAUAACAAGUAUUUUGCAUGCAAUUAUAAUAGCACUUGUUAUGAAAUGGAACAUUCUAACACAGCAGGUUCUCACUUACUCAACAUUUUAUAAAUGGAUUUUUUUUGCUUUGUAAAUAUCAGAUGCCAGUGUCCCCUGUAUAUUUAAAGAAAAUUCUUAAUGCUGCAUUUCUUCUUAUAUUUUCUUCUGAUUAUGUAAAAAUGAUGAACACAUUUUGGUUGUGCAAUAUUAAAGCAGUACAAUCUUCUGAC